ACACGUCACUCGUCGUGUUGCAUUCUUCGUUUAACCACCGUUUGAUACACUCGCUUUCCCUCGGAUUUCCGUUUAUAAAUUUGAUUUGUUAAAGAAAUAGAAAGAAAACUCAUAAUGGUUUCUGAUAAAAAGCAACAAAAAGUACAAUCCUCUGGUUUUACAAAAGAAGAGGAGCUUUUACUACAAGAUUUCAGCCGAAACGUGAGCACAAAGUCAUCGGCACUUUUCUAUGGUAAUGCCUUCAUCGUGUCUGCUGUCCCAAUAUGGCUUUUCUGGCGUGUGCAUAAUAUGGACUUGCUAUCUAGUGCCAUAUUUUUCAUCCUUAUGACUGGUGCUAGCACCUACUUGAUGGCCAUGGCCUAUAAGAACAUUAAAUUCCAACUUAAACACAAAAUUGCCGUUCGCCGGGAAGCUGCCGUUACCCGUGAAGUAAAUCGGCAAGUAGGUGAUGAUAAGAAAGUGACCCGUAAGGAAAAAGAGGAACGCAUUUUAUGGAAGAAGAACGAAGUAGCCGAUUACGAAGCUACAACCUAUUCUAUCUUCUACAAUAAUGCCUUGUUCUUGGCAAUCACCAUUUUCAUUAGCUUCUUUUUGCUAAAGAACUCUGCUCCAUUGAUUAACUACUUCUUUUCUAUUGGUUUGGCAAGUGGUGCUUUGGCGCUUUUCUCGACCAGCACGCAAACCAACUGAGAGUAGGCGUGCAAAGACGAAAUGUCUUACUUUAGUUGUAUUUUUAUUUAAUUUCUAGAGAUUAUCACGAUUUUGUGUUUAAUCGUUUCUUUUAUACUUUGUCCCUAUUGCUGUUUAAUUAAAUAUUUUUUUAAAAUCUUGCCUGUGGCAAGAAAUGAAGUUAACUACUGGAAAGUUUUUCUAAGUAUAAUACCUACGAAUAAAAUAAAAACAUUUGUAACUUA